UGAAUUGUAGGUUGAUGUUGAUAACAGAGAACAUUCCACAUUUCCCCACUUCCGUCUCUGCGUAUAAAUGAUGAUUAAUAACAAUUUCAAUCCAACCCUUUCUUUAUUUUCAACUGCUACAGAAAGCUUUCACUUAGCCUAGUAAAUGGGAUACGGAGAACUCACAAUACGAAGCUAUGAUGGGCAAAUCGAUCGAGCUAGAGUGGAAAAUCUCGAGAGAAGAUGUGAGGUAGGCCCAACUGAAAGAGUUUUUCUCUUUACAGACACUUUGGGUGACCCCAUUUGCAGAAUCAGAAACAGUCCGAUAUACAAGAUGCUGGUAGCCGAGUCGGACAAUGAGUUAGUUGGUGUCAUUCAAGGCUCUAUAAAGCGUGUAACCGUGCUCCACAAGCCUCCUGAUAAUCUAGCCAACGUGGGUUACAUCUUGGGUUUAAGGGUUGCACCAGUUCAUCGACGAAAGGGAAUUGGGUUGAGCCUGGUUCGGAAAAUAGAAGAAUGGUUCGUUGCAUAUGAUGUUGAUUAUGCAUACAUGGCUACUGAGAAAGACAACGAAGCUUCAGUUAAACUUUUCACAAAAAAGCUCGGCUAUGUCAAGUUCAGAACUCCGGCAAUUCUCGUAUAUCCAGUUAACAAUCGCAUCUUCCAUACAUCAUCAGAUAUUGAAAUAGCAAAGCUGAAGAUUGAAGAAGCUGAGCAUCUCUAUAAGAAGUUCAUGGCUUCAACAGAAUUCUUCCCAUAUGACAUAGGCAAUAUAUUAAGAAAUAAACUGAGUUUGGGGACAUGGGUGGCGUAUUUCAGAGGUGAAUCAAGGGGAGAAUUUGGGUUAAAUGGGCAAGUUCCAAAUAGUUGGGCAAUGCUUAGUGUGUGGAAUAGUGGAGAACUUUUCAAGCUAAGGUUGGGGAAGGCACCCUUAUCAUGUUUAAUAUACACAAAGAGCUCAAAAUUGAUUGACAAAUUUUUCCCAUGCUUUAAACUGCCAGCAAUACCAGAUUUUUAUCACCCCUUUGGGUUCUAUUUUAUGUAUGGGGUGCACCAUGAAGGGCCAUUUUCAGGAAGGCUGGUUCGAAGCUUGUGCCAAUUUGUGCACAACAUGGCUACAAAGUCUAAGGAUUGUAAGGUCGUUGUUACAGAAGUUGGAGGAAACGACAGCUUGAAAGUUCACAUCCCGCAUUGGAAAUUACUCUCAUGUCCAGAAGAUUUGUGGUGCAUUAAGGCCUUGAAAAAUGAAAAGAAGAACACCCUCCAUGAAUUGACAAAAAUCCCACCAACAAUAGCUCUUUUUGUAGACCCAAGAGAGGUAUGAACAAAAAAUAUCCCCACCCUUUUGCCUGCCUGAGUCAAACCCCACCUCAUGUAUUGAUUGAUAAGUCCGUGUAUCUCUCCUGGUGGGGGUUUUUCUCUUGUUCCUUUCACAUCCAAGAUAUAAAAUCUCUAAAAGAUUUCCUUAAUUAGGAGCCACCUUCCAUGUCCUUGUUCUCAAUUCAAUUUUGUGCCUCAUGAUUUAGACUAAUCAAGCAUGGCUUGUGGUCCUUUUUUGUCUUUCUCCUCAGGUAGCACAAUUCACUACACCCUUCCAUCAAUUGCAACCCUUCACCACCUAACUUGCUAAUGUAAAACAUUGAGAUUUUCAUUCACUUGAAAUGAAAUCUAUCAAUAUAUACAAAGUGGGUCUCUUCACAA